CUCUAAUGUACUAAAGUUUCGUUGGAAAAUAAGUGUUUGAUUAGUUCAAUUCCGAUCAAUUGACAUGAAUAAAGUAAAGGUGCAGCAUGAUGACACGAACGCAUUUUGCAUUGAGAUUGCCCAGGACGGUGAGAUAGUCCCCUACGUAGCAUUACGAACUACAUUGUUUGCAAACUCCAUGAACCUACGUUGCCACAUCACUGGAAAAGGAGAUAAUGAACUCCGCGAAUAUGACUUUCCAGGCCACAUUUGCCCUGCUGAAUACAACUGCAAAUUUAGCAGUGGUUUCACUAAUAACAUUUACAGCGAGGCAACAAUAAUUGAAUCUGUGAACGAUAAGUCUGCUGAGCACAAACUUGUGUAUCGUACAGCAACUACUGGUUCACGUGAAACUGGUGUAAUUAUUGACGUCACCCUCGACCAACUAAUAAAACUGCUGCACGUCAAGCUGUCGACAUGUUUUUUAGAGGUCUUGUAAUUUCUUGUUCGUGGACUGAAGAUGGAAAUAUGGAGCAGAGCCCGUAGUGAGAAACCUAAUAUUCAUAAGUCUAUUCAUUACUUCAAAGUACCCAUUGAGGAUCGUGGAGUGCCUUCUGGAGCUGUUAUAGUGGAUUGACGAUGGGGAGAAAAUCGAAAAAUGGCAGAAAUAUUGAAAAGGAGAGAAAAGUGUCAGUUGGUAAUGACACUUUUAAUUAAACAUUUUUUUUAAUGGUCUUUGACAACGCAGCAUGUUUGUAAGUGCAUUGAAGUGGAAAUAGUAUGUGAAAUGGAUAUAUAAUGGAUACAUAAUGAAUAUAUAUGUCAUCAGAUUAUGACAAAAGUAUUUUCGCAAAAUUCCGGAAGUGUAUGUCGAUUAUAAAAAUAUAUUUAAACCAUUCAAAAUUCAUAACAAAGGAUUAAAAAUAUUCUAGACGUAGAAAAACCAUUGUAG